AUGUCCGUAGUCGGUUCCCUGAUAUUCUGCGCCGAGUGCGGUAACCUUCUCGACAACCCCUCCGCCGUCGAGGGCGCCCAGCUCGAGUGCGCCCAGUGCGGCGCCGAGUACGCCAAGGCAAAGUUCUCCAACUUGCGCGUCGUCACCUCCACCGCCGACGACGCGUUCCCCUCCGCGCUGCGCUCCAAAAAGUCCGUCGUCAAGACCUCUCUCAAGAAAGACGAGCUCGAGGAGGGCGCCACCAUCCGCGAAAAGUGCCCGCAGUGCGGCAACGACGAGAUGCAUUACCACACCCUCCAGCUGCGGUCCGCCGACGAAGGUGCCACCGUCUUCUACACCUGCACCUCCUGCGGCUACCGCUUCCGUACCAACAACUGA